CUGCCCCCGAGCCCGCACGCGUGCCGCCCGCCUCCGGGACGCGCUCGGCCGUCGCCCCCGCCUCGCCGCGCUCCGCCGUCCUCCCGGAGCCCACCCCGCCGCCGAGCUGCACGCCCGGAGUGCGCCCUCCGCCCUCGAAGGGACCGGGGGGCCCGCCAGCAUCAUGCUGCCCGCCCUCUACACGGCGCUGGCGGGGCUGCUGCUCCUGCCGCUGCUGGUGAACCUCUGCUGCCCCUACUUCUUCCCGGACGUGCGCUACUUCCUGCGGGUGGCCGGCGUGGCCCGGCGGGUGCGCAGCUAUGGGCAGCGGCGGCCGGUGCGCACCAUCCUGCAGGUGUUCCUGGAGAAGGUGCGCCAAGCGCCACACAAGCCCUUUCUGCUCUUCCGCGACGAGACGCUCACCUACGCGCAGGUGGACCGCAGGAGCAACCAGGUGGCCCGGGCGCUCCGCGACCACCUCGGCCUGCGCCAGGGGGACUGCGUGGCCCUCUUCAUGGGCAACGAGCCGGCCUACGUGUGGCUGUGGCUGGGGCUGGCCAAGCUGGGCUGUGCCAUGGCGUGCCUCAACUCCAACAUCCGCGCCAAGUCCCUGCUGCACUGCUUCCAGUGCAGCGGCGCCAAGGUGCUGCUAGCGUCGCCAGAUUUACAAGCAGCUGUUGAAGAGGUGCUGCCAAGCCUGAAAAAAGAGGACGCAUCCAUCUAUUAUGUCAGCAGAACUUCUAACACGGAGGGAGUUGGCACUUUUCUAGACAAAGUGGAUGAAGUAUCGACAGAACCUAUCCCGGAGUCUUGGCGGUCCGAGGUCACUUUUUCUACUCCAGCUAUAUACAUUUAUACAUCUGGGACCACAGGUCUCCCAAAAGCUGCAGUGAUCAAUCAUCAUCGCAUAUGGUAUGCAACUGGCGCUGCUCUUGCCAGUGGGUUGAGGAAAGAUGACAUAAUCUAUACCACUCUGCCCUUGUACCACAGUGCUGCUCUUAUGAUUGGUGUGCAUGGAUGUAUCGCAACUGGUGCUACUCUUGUACUGCGGACCAAAUUUUCAGCCAGCCAAUUUUGGGAUGACUGCAGAAAAUAUAAUGUCACUGUCAUUCAGUAUAUUGGUGAACUGCUUCGGUAUUUAUGCACCUUACCCCAGAGACCGAAUGACCGUGAUCACAAAGUGAGAAUGGCAGUUGGAAACGGCUUGCGAGGAGAUGUGUGGAGAGAAUUCAUCAGGAAAUUUGGGAACAUUCACAUUUAUGAGUUCUAUGCUGCCACGGAAGGCAAUAUUGGCUUUAUGAAUUAUACAAGAAAAAUCGGUGCUAUUGGAAGAGUAAACUACCUGCAGAGAAAAGUCAUAACUUAUGAACUGAUUAAGUAUGAUGUGGAAAAAGAUGAACCUGUCCGAGAUGCAAAUGGAUAUUGCAUCAAAGUUCCCAAAGGUGAAGUUGGACUCCUGAUUUGCAAAAUCACACGGCUUACACCAUUCAGUGGCUAUGCUGGAGGAAAGACACAGACAGAGAAGAAAAAACUGAGAGACGUCUUUAAGAAGGGAGACCUCUAUUUCAACAGUGGGGAUCUCUUAAUGAUUGACCAUGACAAUUUCAUCUACUUCCAUGACAGAGUUGGAGAUACUUUCCGGUGGAAAGGAGAGAACGUGGCCACCACUGAAGUCGCUGACAUCGUAGGACUGAUUGAUUUUGUCCAAGAAGUGAAUGUUUACGGAGUACCCGUGCCAGGACAUGAGGGUCGGAUUGGCAUGGCCUCAAUCAAGAUGAAGGAAGAUCGCGAAUUCGACGGAAAGAAACUCUUUAAACAUGUUGUUGAUUACCUGCCCAAUUAUGCGAGGCCCCGGUUUCUGAGAAUACAGGAUAUUAUCGAGAUCACUGGUACUUUCAAACACCGCAAAGUGACACUGGUGGAGGAGGGCUUUAACCCUGCUGUCAUCAAAGAUGCCUUGUACUUUUUGGAUGAGAAAGCAGAAAUGUAUGUGCCUAUGACUGAGGACAUUUACAAGGCCAUCAGUGAGAAAUCUCUGAAACUCUAAACAUUUCUAAACAUCCCCAUCAUAAUAACUCAUCAUAUUUCCAGACAGAAAUGGAAUGGACCUAGCACAGUCACUUGCUGUAAUCCAACUUUAAUUUGAUUGAAGAUUGUAAAGUGUGAUUUUUGUGUGUGUGCAAACCAAUAAAGGGAAAUGUUUCGAAAUUACAUCUGAACCUUUACAAGUGAACAGAUAGAGAUAAUUAUUUUUUCAAUUUGCACCUAUUUGUAUUGGCAAACUAAGCUUGUUAGAGGGUGUUAUUUUAUGUCAUACAUAAUAAAGAUAGAUGAAUGUGUGAUAA